AUGGAGGCUCGGCAAGGAUGGUGGCUGGGCUCGGUAGGGACGGUGGCUGGGCUCGGCAGGGACAUUGUUGAGUUCGAGCCUGAGGUGUCCAGUAGAGCCCCUAGUGCCAGGACCUUUGUCAUCAAACAUUUCAAAGCUUUUCAAUCUUGUGGUAAUUUUGUUCCCCCUAUUAAAUCCAAUGGUGGCAACUCUGGGAAUAUAACUUCACGAAUUGGUGGAAAGAGCGACGAUACAGUAGAUGAUUCUACAAAGAGAUGUUUGGAAUUGAUAUGUGGUCCUGAUGGUGAGCUUCCAGAAAAAUUAAGGAAUUUGGAGCCUCGUCUUAUUGAACAUGUUAGCAAUGAGAUCAUGGACAAGGAUCCCAAUGUUCGGUGGGAGGACAUUGCUGGUCUAGAGCAUGCAAAAAAAUGCGUGACAGAGAUGGUGAUAUGGCCUCUGUUACGUCCUGAUAUAUUUAAAGGUUGUCGUUCUCCUGGAAAAGGCCUUCUUCUCUUUGGCCCACCAGGAACAGGCAAAACAAUGAUUGGAAAAGCCAUAGUCGGAGAAGCGAAAGCUACCUUUUUCUAUAUAUAUGCUAGUUCACUGACGAGCAAGUGGAUUGGCGAGGGGGAAAAGCUAGUGCGAGCCCUCUUUGGAGUUGCCAGUUGUCGUCAACCAGCUGUGAUUUUUGUUGAUGAAAUUGAUUCACUUCUCUCUCGGCGUAAGUCAGAAGGUGAACAUCAAUCGAGUAGAAGACUGAAAACACAGUUUCUCAUUGAGAUGGAAGGCUUUGACAGUGGCAGUGAACAAAUUCUACUCAUAGGAGCAACGAAUCGGCCCCAGGAACUUGAUGAAGCAGCACGGAGGCGACUUACGAAAAGGCUAUAUAUUCCUUUACCUUCUUCAGGUGAAAUUCCGAAGUUUGAAUUCAAAUUAAUAUGGUGCAUCUAA